AUGAACACCAACAUACCGAACGUUGUCUCUUCAUCGCCAGAACCAUCGCCAGAACCAUUGCCUUCUUCUUCUUCUUCCUCCUCCUCUUCUUUUUCUUCCUCUUGCGUAGAAGAUAAUUACACUCCCCCAGGAAACAUUACGCCUGGUUCUUUCCCCGAUUCUUCCCCUCCUCCUGCUCCCCUCUCUCCUCGUCUCUCUCUUCCUACUCCUAGUACUCCUCAAGCAGAAAUCAUGAAGCCGGCCAUCAAGAUAUCUGAAGAUGUCGUGCCCCCCACCGAAAAGCUCGAAAACGCCGACCUCGCACGGCUCCUCGACAUAAUCGACAAACUGCGCGAAUUCGGCGUCAGCGAAGACAUCUCACUCCCCCAGAUCGUAGUAGUAGGCGACCAAUCCUCCGGAAAGUCCUCCCUCCUGGAGGCCCUUACGGGCAUCCGCUUCCCCAUCGCAUCGACGCUGUGUACGCGCUUCGCAACGCAGAUCAGCUUCCGCAAGAGCCCCGACUCGAAGAUCACCGUGACCAUCAUCCCCGCCAAGAGCAGCGAUGCCGCGCGCAAGGCCGAGUUGCGCGCCUUCUCGGACACCGUGGUGGAGCUGACGCCAGAGCGGUUUUCAGAGAUUAUGGAGAAGGCGGGGGAUCUGAUGGGACUGCCGAAAGCGGGGGAGACGGUGGGCGUAGACGAUGCGGAAAAGAGGUUUAGUGACGAUGUGUUGAGGAUUGAGCUGUGUGGGCCGUCACGCUCGCACUUCAGCGUUGUGGAUGUGCCAGGACUUUUCCAGAGUGCUACUAUGUACCAGAAUGAAAAGGACCUGGAGAUGGUCGAGAAUCUUGCAAAGAGCUAUAUCGAGGACGAGAGAACCAUCAUUCUAGCCGUGGCCUCCUCCCUCAACGAGACCGCAAACCAAAAGGUCUUCCGUCUUGCCAGCGCCGCCGGCGCCGACCCCGAAGGCGUCCGCACCGUCGGUGUGCUCACCAAGCCCGACGCCAUCCAGCCCGGCGAUGAAGGCCGCGUUAUCGACACGGCGCUCAACAAAGUGACCGUGCUGCAUCACGGCUGGUUCAUCGUGCGCAACCGCUCCACCGACGAAGUCAAGCGCAACAUCAGCAACGCCGAGCGGCUCGAGAACGAGGCAAACCUCUUCAAGAAGGACCCCUGGCGCACGCUGCCGCGCGACCGCGUCGGCGUCCCGGCGCUGGAGAAGUUCCUGCAGCGCCUGCUGUUUGACCAUGUGCGGAAGGAGUUCCCGAAGAUGGUGCAGGAGAUUGAUGCCAUGAUGGAGGAUUGCGAGCGCGAGUUGGGGGCGCUGGGGCAGCGGCGCGAGACGAGCGACGAGCAGCGCGGCGUGCUGAUUGGGAUUGCGACCGACUUCCAGAUAUCGGCGCGCAACGCCAUGAUGGGGCUGUACGAGAUGGACUCGCUGGAGCAGAAGUCACUGCGCGUGCGCAUGUACAUCCAGAACCUGAACGCGGAGUUCUCGGAUACCGUGUGGAGGAGCGGGCAUACAAAGAGCUUUGACGGCGGCUCAUCGCCGUCCUCGUCGGGCCCGAGUCCGGUCCCGAGCGCCGGCCUCAACGACAUAGCCAAGGACGACAGCAAGACCAUCUACGAGUGGAUCCGGAAGGCAUACCGCGAGUCGCGCGGCCCUGAGCUCCCCGGGAUGGUGAACCCGGGCGUUGUGCAGCUACUCUUCCGCAUGCAGACGGGGAAAUGGGAGUGGCUGGCGCGGGAGCACAUUAUGCGUGUACGCGCGCAGAUCGAGCGGUUUGUCGCCGACCUGCUGCGCCUAAAAUGCCCAGACGACUCCCUCCGCCACAACAUCUGGAUGAAGAUGCGUGCGUUGUUCGCCGCGGUCUACAAAAAGGCCGACAGGGAGCUGCAGAUGAUCCUGCAGGACGAGCGCGAGGGCAUCCUCAUCACCUACAACCACUACUACAGCGAUAACCUGGACCGCGCGCGCAAGGGCCGCAUAGCGGCAACGAUCAGGCGCGCGCAGGGCGACAAUGGUGCAAACGCGCUAGGCGUGGCCCUGGGCGUGCUGGAGAACAUUGACCCCGAGGAGCAGGCCGUGGCGGAGAUAUAUGAUGUGCUGCACGCAUACUACAAGGUUGCCAGGAAGCGCUUCGUGGACUGCGUGGCGCUCCAGGUCGUUGAGAGGCACUACCUGGGCGCAAAGGGCCCCGUGAGGGUCUUCUCGCCCGCGUAUGUGGGCAGGCUGUCGCCCGAGGAGCUGAAUGCCGUGGGCGGCGAGGACCAGGUUGUGAUUGAGAAGAGAAAGCGGCUGGAGGCUAAGCUGGAGAGGCUGCAGGGCGCGCAGGAGAUUUCGAGUUCGUAUUGGUAG